UCAUCCACGCGCGUCCGCGCGCCGGUGCUGUUAUUCUCCUCUCGUGGGAGUAGUGUACUCGGAGCGUUCAGUGCGGUCGUGUAGGUUGAACCAGGGUUCAAUUUCGAGAGAGACUGGCACCUGCUGCCGCAGCGCCUGUCGGCGAAGUAUCAAGCACUGCACUAGCGUUCUGGUGAUUACCGAGAUUACCGUUUGCUUAUUGCCACUUCGCAGUUCCCGCGAGAAAUGCCGCCCAACAGGAACCCGCCAAUCAAGUACACGCAGCUCUUCAUAAACAACGAGUUUGUCAACAGUGUGAGUGGUAAAACAUUCCCAGUGGUAAAUCCGGCUACUGGUGCAGUAAUAGUGGAUGUUCAAGAAGGUGAUAAGUUGGAUGUGGACAAGGCAGUUAAUGCAGCAAGAGAAGCUUUCAAGUUUGGUUCAACAUGGCGGACAAUGGAUGCUUCAAGGAGGGGCCUAUUACUCAACAAGUUUGCUGAUCUGCUACAGCGUGAUAAGGAGUACUUGGCUAGCCUUGAAGUGCUAAACAAUGGGAAGCCAUAUGCAGAGGCACUCUUUGACAUGGACUGUUCUAUUGACUGCAUUCGUUACUAUGCUGGUUGGAGUGACAAGAUUCAUGGGAAGACUAUACCCAUUGAUGGAAACCACAUCAGCUUUACACGACAUGAACCAAUUGGUGUAUGUGGCCAGAUUAUUCCCUGGAACUACCCUGUGCUAAUGGUCUGCUGGAAGCUGGGGCCUGCCCUGUGCACCGGCAAUGUUGUGGUACUGAAGCCCGCUGAACAGACACCACUGACAGCAUUGUACUGUGCCAGUCUGAUCAAAGAGGCUGGCUUCCCACCAGGUGUUGUCAAUGUGAUUCCAGGUUAUGGUCCAACAGCAGGAGGUGCCAUAGCCAGCCACCCUCAUGUUGAUAAGGUGGCCUUCACUGGAUCUACUGAGGUGGGAAAACUCAUCCAAGAAGCAGCGGGAAAAUCGAACACCAAACGAGUCACUCUGGAAAUGGGUGGGAAAAGUCCGUUGGUUGUCUUUGAUGAUGCUGAUUUGGACCAGGCUGCUGAGAUCGCUCAUGCAGCUGUGUUUGCCAAUAUGGGUCAAUGCUGCUGUGCUGGCACUAGGACUUUUGUCCAGGAGGGCAUCUACAAGGACUUUGUGGCUAAGGCCAAGCAGCUAGCCAAGGAACGUAUUGUUGGUGACCCAUUUGAUGAGAAGACUGUGCAGGGACCUCAGAUUGACAAAGAACAGUACGCUAAGAUCUUAGAUCUGCUGAAGUCAGGCAAGGACCAAGGAGCCAAAGUGGAGUGCGGUGGAGAUGCUGUGCCAGGAAGCCGGGGGUUGUUCAUCCAGCCAACAGUGUUUUCGAAUGUGCAAGAUGAUAUGCGCAUCGCAAAAGAGGAAAUUUUCGGACCUGUUCAGCAGAUCCUAAAGUUCAAAACACUUGAGGAAGUGAUUGAGCGCUGCAACAACACCACUUACGGACUUGGCUCUGGAGUUCUGACCAAGGACAUUGACAAGGCCAUGAUGUUUGCUCAGGGCGUUCAGGCUGGUUCUGUUUGGAUCAACUGCUAUGAUGCGACAACACCACAGACCCCGUUUGGUGGCUUCAAGAUGUCUGGACAGGGCCGUGAACUUGGGUACGCUGGAAUCAAUGAAUAUGUUGAAAUAAAAACGAUUACAAUGCAGGUUCCCCAGAAAAAUUCUUAAGCAUCCAAGAUCUGACAAGCUUCUAAGAAUUGAUACAACGUACGGAGGUGUUCCUUUAAAGUCACAAGAAACUUUAUGUUGAUGUCUGUGGUAAAGAUAUAAUUAAAAAUUUAUGUCAGCACACUUGCUCUGAGCUUAGCACUCAAGCACUGCAAUCUGUUUGUGCUUGUCUAUAAUUUUUUAAUAAAUGUGAA